AUGUCGAAGUCAGGCGUCGUGAAGAAGUGGAUGGACAACGGCUAUGGCUUCAUAGGACCAGAUGAUGGCAGCCGAGAUUUGUUCUGCCACGUUUCGAGUUUGAGAGGUUGCCGUGGCUUGGGCAAGGGGGACAAGGUGCGCUUCGAUGCGGAGUACGAUGAUGUCAAAGGCAAGAUGCGAGCCGUGAACGUGUCCCUGUGCCCAAGGCGGGGGGCGUGCUGA